CCCUCUGAGCAUAUUUUACAAUAUAUUCUCUAAUCUUCAGUUGUGGUAUUGAAGAAAAAGAAACUUUGACCGAGCCCUCAAUGGAAAGAAGCACAUUUUUGGCAAAAAGUAUACUUUGGCCCUUCGCCAAUGAAAGUGUCAUUUGAAAGCUUCUGUUUGCUUUUUGCUUUUUUUGUGAGCAGGAUUAUUUCUGAUUAAUGAACUGGUUCUGAUUGGUCCUCAGUGUCUUUAUAGGCCAACAGAAGCACUCGACUCACCAGUUCUUCCCAGCAGUCCUUGAGCCUCUCUGUCCACCUGGAAGCCUCUGCCUGAUCCCUGUUUCUAGCUCUCUGAAGAUGAAUUUGUGGCUCCCUCUCCUGCUUGCAGGCUCCGCCUUUGUUUUGGUGGGUGCAGGUAAGUUCUGUUUGUGAGCACCUUCUCUUUGGCUCCUCAGCCAAGAGUAACGUCUCCUGGCUUUAUGACGAUAGCCAUUUUCAAUCUUGUGCUUUAGAUGGGGCUUCAGUUCAACAAUUUAUAGUCAUUUGCUUACCUUUUGUGAGCUCUUGAGGAAAAAGAAGAAGAAGAAGAAGAAGAAGAAGAAGAAGAAGAAGAAGAAGAAGAAGAAAGAUGAAGAGAAAAGAGAGAGAUUGAACCAGAAGGCUUUUGGCAAACAACAGGUUGCAGACUCAGAAAUCUGAAAAGCUUAGUGGCUUUUGUUUUAAAAACUGUAAAAAGGCAAUACCUUGCAAAAUAAAUGUGUAGUUGGAGAGUUUCUUCAAACCUUUAUUUUCAAAGAUGAACUGCAUCAAAUUCCUUCCCACCCCUCAUCCCUACUUGAGAUCAGUUUUUUGGAGGAAGCCAAGGGAGAAUCUUGAGUGAAUAACCAAGAAACCAGUCUAUGUCUUUCACCAACCCCAUGCUACAGACCUCCAGGUAUAGGGCACUAUAUAAACUCAAUAAAUAAUAAUAUUAAUAAUAAUAAUACAGCCUGAGGGCCAAAGACAAAGCAACCCAUUAACUCUUAGCAGGUAGGAAAAUCAAGGGAUUCCUUCUGAAACUUCAGUGAAUUACUACAAAGGUGCUCUUGGAGGAAACUGAUUUUCUAGAUCCAUUUCUAUCAGGGUUUAGGUUUGGUUUUGGCACAGAAACUGUAUGAUGACCUCUGUCAAAAUGACGUCACGCGCAUGCGUGGAAGCGGUGAAACGCGACCCACACACGCACAGACGCGCAGUUACGUCUUACGGGAGUCGCAUCCUGAGGUACCACUGUAUUAAAAUCCCAUGCUUUCAAAACACACACACACACACACACACACACAGUGGCAGAAGGAGAGGAGGGAGGAAGUGAGAUAUUAAGGUUGCAUGGAUCUUGUCUUCCACCCCCCACGCCAUAGGUACUUCAGGCUUUCCAACUGCUCUUCCUUAAAAAUUGAAGGAGAAGGGGCUGCAGUUCUGCUUCAAGCAGCCACUUCCUGCUCAUUGUGUGUAUUGCUCUGCAGGAUCCUGCUGUUUUGCAGCCUUUGCAGAGGUAAUGAAUGAGGGGGGGGGGAGGGAGGGAGAGAGGCACAGGCACAUGCACAUGCACAUGCACACACAUACACAGAGCCUGGAGAAACUGGCUAAGCAGGUACACUGAAAGGUCCUGCCGGGAACCUUUAAGGGGACUAGGCUAGUCCCACUAGUUCAUGGACUGCACGCCACUGCUGGAGAGGCUGUGCAGGUUAGGGUGCUUUGGGAUGGUUCUGGUCCUACAUGGAUGAUAUUUCAAGAGGGUGAUGUUUAGGAAGUGCUCUUUGGCCCCAUAGAGCCUUCAAUGUGGGGUUCCUCAGGGUCCGAUUUUAUCCCCCAGGCUGGUUUCUACAUGAAACCACUGAGUGGGGUCAUCUGCAGAUUUGGAGUACAUUGUCAGCAAUAUGCUGGUGACACUCAGCUCCACUUCUCCUUUACAGUGGGGCAGUGGAUGUGCUGGACCAUUGUCUUCACUUGGUAUUGGACUGGAUGAGAGCCAACACACUGAAGCUCAAUCCAGAUGAGACUGAGGCACUGUUAGUGGGCAGUUUCCUAGACCGGAUGGAUGGGAAGUGGCCUGCUCUUGAUGGGGUUAUGUUGCUUACCAGGGCAAGACGGUUUGAAUGUAUUACUGAUCCUGGCCAAACUGCACUGGCUGCCAAUUAGUUUCUGAGCCCAAUUCAAAGUGCUGGUUUUGCCCUAUAAAGUCUUAAACAGCUUGGUACCACAGUACCUCAAGGACUGUCUCUCCCCAUGUGAACCAAUUCGGACGCUGAGAUCAGCAUCUGUGGACUUUUUCAUGUGCCUCCUCUGCAAGAGGUCCAGAGGGUGGCAACACAAUAAUGGGCCUUUUCUGUGAUUCCCUGUUUGUAGACUGCUCUCCCCAGGGAGGCUCGCCUGGUGCCUUCAUUACAUAUCUUUAGGCGCCAGGCAAAAACAUUCCUCUUCUCCCACACCUUUGGCUAAUUAAACUAUCUUUUGCCUUUGAAGCUGUACGUUGGGGCGGGGGCAGUAUAGGAUUUCCCCAAAUCAGAUUAAGGAUUUCUGCAUAAUGUUUCAGAAGAACGAACUAUAAAAGCAAGGUAGGUUCAGAGUCUGCCGGUGGGCUUCUCUGAUAAUUUUGCCAAAUAGCAACUUUGAAAAUACGGACUUAAGAUUCAUAGCAAAGCUGAACAAUGAACUGGAUGUAACUAAGUCCAUUAUUAUAGUGGACAAGCUUCGGCCAGGAGGAGGAGGAGAAUGCAGCUGCUCCCAAGAGGACAACCAGAAGAAGGGCAGUGUAUGAACAUUCGGAACAAGACAGAGUUGUUGGGUUUUGUAUAUUCUUUUUAGGUUCUGUGAAACAGAGAGGGGAAGCUCCCAAUUUCCACCAAAUCAUGCCUAUGGUGCUAUCCUGUGGUCUUGUUUAUUCGUAUAAGUUGUGCCUCAUGGCUCUGUACCCCUGGACUGUGAAUUUUUUUUGACCUGCUAGAGGUGUCAAUGGCCAAGUUUGUGUAGGGGGAGGAUUUGUUGGUUUUGCUUGUUACUGUGUUAUAUAUUUCUGUGUGAUCCUUGGAGGAAAGGAGGUAUAGAAAUUUAAAUAAUAGUAAUAGUAAUAAUAAUUCAGAAGAAUACAGAGUUGUCAGGUUUUGUGUAUUCUUUUUAGGUUCUGAGAAACAGAAGCGAAGAGCUUUUGGUUACUUCCAGUACAUGCCUACAUCGCAUCUGUGUGGUAUCCUUGCUUCAAAGGUCUAUGAGCACCGCCGGAUUGAGCGCCCCUGGUUCCUAGUAUCUUUGGAAGCCGCUAGAGAGGCCAGCACCCUGCUCCAGUUGAAUAUGACAGUGGGCAACGCGGUUACUGGAGAAGAAUGUCUCUUAAUGACAAGACUGACAAGGCGUCCCAGAAGAUUUGCUGUUUGAAAAUAUACACAUACCCCUCUGUAAUAAUAAAAGCAGAGAUUGAUUCCUGGUAAGGAAGCAAAAUAAACCUGGGUUUUGUUUUGUUUGUUCUUCCUGAAGCGUAUGGAUAGAGUGCAACUAAAAUGAAUCUUGCUUGUGAAAAUUAGGAUUUCCCCUCCUCCUCCUCCACAGGAAAAAAGACAACAAAGAUCAAAGGCAGUUGAAAUGAUUAAAAGUAGUCCACAAAGCUUUAGUUUAACAUGCAAUUCCACCCCCACAUGAUAUUCCUGUGAAUCAGAGUUUAUUUCAUUCCCUUGUUGUAAGGGCUGUCUAUCCCAUCCUGCAGGAAUUGAAGCAAGUGAGGCACAUCAGCCAAAGGUGGAAUAGGAUGCAUAGCAGAUUUAAGAGGAUUCACCUGGUUUGGGGGUGGCAGGAGAGGAAG